CUUUUCUUGUUUGUUUUUCAGUCUUUUUAUUGCAUUCUGUGGAUUUAUCUGUCAGCAAGACAACCCGGAAAUGUGUGAUAAAAAAAAAACAAGAACAGAAAAACAGAAAAACCCAGAAACAGAAAGGUCUUUCUCUAGUCUCUCCUUUCCUUUCGAUCUCUAAAAAUGAAAAAAAGAAGAUGCACAAAACCCAAGAUUUUAUAGGCUUUUAAUUAAGUGAUCAGAACAGCUGAGUAAUCGCUUUCUCCAUUCAGGUCCUCUUUCUAGCUAGCAACCUAGCGUGUUUUAUGUGCUGUGUUGUUUCGGUAGUACUGCUGACAAUAGCUUCUUAGGCUCACAGCAGCUGUUGUGUAGUGUUGUUGUGCCUAUAGCUAUGCUACUUCUUGUAGUAUCACAGCCUGUCUUGAUUGGCUAGUUCAUGAGGGAAAGGAAAGACUACUGGCUUUGCUGCUACAUUACAAUCACAGCACACAAAAGAGAACGAGGCUAGCAGUAUUUGUAGCUAAAACAACAGCCAACACUAGUUUUCUUGUUUAUUGGACCUAGCAGCCACUCGUGUUUGAUGCUCGGGCGCUUGCAAAAUAAAAAAGGUGUGCACGUUGACUCUUGAGGUGCUGCAAUACAUAAUUAAAGGAGGGGGCGGUGAUUGAUAGUGGUUUCUGUAGUGGAGGUGUUGGUUACUUUGCAUGAAUAUCAAGUGGAACUCGGUCCGUGAAUUGUGCCAUUGGUGGGUUUAUAUAGGUGGUUGUUAGUACUUGAUAUGGUUAACUAGAGAAGGGCGUGUUGAGGACAGUGGUUUUUGAUGUGGAAUAUUGGUCUCAAGUACUUGGAGAGAUGCUGAGCUCUGAUGAAGGAAAGCGUGAUCUGUUCUAUGAUUCUGUGGAUUACUUCGACUUGGGUUGUGAUCAGUUGGAGUAUGAUAUUUGGUUGACCGAGCCACAAAGUGUUGAGGAGAGACGCCAAGGUUUUCUACGCGGAAUGGGUCUAGAUGGGUUUGCUUUCAAGAGGCAUGAGAAUACAGGGUUGGAGAGGAUCACUGAAUGCAGUGGGGCUGUAUCAAGUUCUUCAGUUCCAUGUACAAAUGUUGAAGAGGUAAAUGUGGUUAGUUGCAGUGCUGGUAGAGAAGAAAAUUCUGAAGCCAAUUGUGUGAUUGAUCAAAUGAGUAAAGACAAGAUGGAUAAAUCGGAUGUAGCUUCUGAAAAUGAGAAUAUUGGACCUUUACUCGAUUUGCAAGGAUGCGAACAAUGUGAAGAAGAAAAAUGUAAAAAGUGUGACUCAGGAAAAAGUAUAAUGAAGAGUUGGUGGAAACACUUUUUAAAAAAGAGCAAGGAGGAAAGAGUAGGUAGAUGUGUAUCUGGGGUAUCGAAGUUGGAUACUGAAGCACCAAAAACAAACAGAACGAAGGUGAAGCAGAACAAAAAGGGUUGCAUGGAGUUUACAGGGGUAUUUAUGCGACAGGAAAUUCAAGCUCACAAGGGCUUCAUUUGGACAAUGAAGUUUAGUCCAGAUGGGCAGUAUUUGGCAACUGGGGGUGAAGAUAGGAUUAUACGCGUUUGGCGUGUUACAUUGGUGGAUUCAUCUUGCAAGUCUUUCCCAUCUGAAGGACAUUGUGAUAGCAAUCUGAAAGAAGCCAAGUCUAAUAAUUUGAGUACAAAGAAAAGAAUGUAUUCAUCUGUAGUCAUUCCUGAGAAGGUUUUCCAGAUUGAAGAGACACCAUUGCAAGAAUUUCAUGGUCAUGCCAGUGAAAUUUUAGACUUGGCGUGGUCUGAUUCAAACCACCUCCUUUCAUCUUCAAUGGAUAAAACUGUUCGUUUGUGGAGAUUGGGUUGCAACCAUAGUCUGAACAUUUUUCGCCACAGUAAUUAUGUAACAUGCAUUCAGUUCAAUCCUGUUGAUAAAAACUAUUUCAUUAGUGGCUCCAUCGAUGGAAAAGUUAGAAUUUGGGGAGUGUCUGAGAAGCGAGUUGUUCACUGGACUGAUGUACGAGAUGUAAUAUCUGCCAUAAGUUACCAGCCAGAUGGGAGAGGGUUUGUAGUGGGUACCAUUAAAGGCACUUGCCGUUUCUAUGAAGUAUCAGGUACUGAUCUCCAGCUUGAGGCAGAAGUACAUAUUCAAGGCAGAAGGAGAACCUCUGGCAACAGAAUAACUAGCAUUCAGUUUUCCCAGGAAAUAUGUCCAAGGGUUAUGAUCACAUCUGAAGAUUCUAAAGUUCGUGUAUUUGAUGGGGUUGACAUCGUUAAUAAAUUUAAAGGUCUUCCAAAGUCAGGAAGUCAGAUGUCGGCUUCGUUUACUUCAAAUGGGAGACAUAUAAUCUCGGUAGGAGAGGACUGUCGUGUUUAUGUAUGGAACUAUGAUGGCUUGUGCACCUCAUGGUCUAAACACAUAAAAUCUGUGAAGUCCUGUGAGUUUUUCUUCUCUGAAGGCGUGUCUGUUGCAGUGCCUUGGUCAGGCACGGGAACAGAAGUGAGAGGCCUGGGUAGUAGAAGAAGUUUAACAGAGGAGACUGCUUCGUGGAGGAAAGAUUCAGAACGGUUUUCUCUCGGUAGUUGGUUCUUCAUGGACGGUCGAUGCAGGGGAAGCUACGCAACAUGGCCUGAGGAGAAACUUCCUAUGUGGGAUGUACCAGUUCUAGAUGCUGAAUAUCAAAAUCAGCAGAUCAAAAGCCUUCAUCAACAGCAGUGCGUUAACAGCAAUGACCACAUCUCUUUAUCAGAAGCAUGGGGGCUCGUGAUUGUGACUGCAGGAUGGGAUGGAAAGAUCAGGGCUUUCCACAACUAUGGAUUGCCCAUCAUGCUCAAAUAGAUUCAAGCAAUCUUCCUGGUCUUGCUAAUGAAGUUUACUCGAGCCUUGUGUAGCCAGAUGACAUAUGGUGUCAUCCAAAUUUGGGCCAACUUGUGAUUUAGCCAGGUCCAUCUUAGUCUGCAGGUAAAAUGAUCAUGAUUUGCAGCUUUAAAUGCGAACCCCACGACAUCUGUUGUAAAUGUUCCCUAGUCUAGUUCUUGUUCACACCCUUGUUCUUGAUAGAAUAUCCUCAAAUCACCAGCAGAAAGAGAGUCACUUGACAUGCUUUGUAACUUGCAUGCCAUUAGGAUUCUGUGGUCACAUGCUGCUCAUCGAGCCAUGCCACAGUUUUUUUCUUAAAAAUCUUUUCACUCCCUCUUUGUGAAUGAUUAACAUGUAUAUGGUAUGAAAAAGAAAUACAGUCAAUUUUUUAUUU